AUGAUAUCUUCAAAAGCGACCCAGGUGAAAGUUCAGAUCCCGGUAAAAUCCUCCUACAAAAACUAUGACCUCUUUGUAAUUCCCCCCAUUGAGGGUCUCACUCCGGCCGAAUCUCAGGCCACUGAAGUGAUCAAGUUCACGGUUCAAUCAGCCAAAUCCGCCACUCGAUGCAUUCUCCUUUGGUUCUUUCGAAUCACCUCACUCGUCGCCUGUAUUACUCUGACCGGAAGCUAUGCCCUCUACAAAGGUGUGGAAGUGAGCCCCUUACCCUAUACCUUGACAUGGCUAUCGCUGCAAGUGGAGCAAACCGCUAGACCCGAUGUCACAUUCCUUCUUCUUAUCGGUGCAUCGCUUUACACAUUGGUAUCGUUAGUCAGAAUUCCUGUCCAAUCGGUAGAAUCUAUCUUGGUGAUGCGGGACAUCGGUGUACAGCUCUUCAGUCACUCGGGAACCAAGUUUAUCCCCUCCAGAACCAUUCUCGAUGUCUUGCUUAUGGAGAGUUUCCAGGGCUUUGGCGUUAUCUACACAUUGUGUGUGCUUGUGGACGAUGGAAAGUCGGCUAAGCUUGAAGUAGUGUUUCCCUCGAUGCUCCCACGGCUCCCACAGCUCGAGGUGGUGUGGAAGCACACGCGAAAGUGUCUUCUAGGCGACAGACCCGGCUUCGGUCGCAAGUUAAAGACCGAUGGACACAAGUAA